AGAAGCUGCCUGGUGAAUUGAGGAAGGGGAAAAACAUACACAGCUGUCCACAAUCUACACGAGAAGAAAACUAUUAAUCAGAGUAUUGUUACAGCUUCAAACGGAAUACUUUGGAUGAAAUAUAUUGCAUAUUGGAUAAACAACAGACAUUGCAAUGGUGUGACCUACCAAACAUAAACCAUGGCCCACUUCCACUCGUAUGUAUCACAAUACAGAGACAUUAAAGACACAGAAGAUGACACCAACCAGGCUCCAGACACAACCAAGCCAGACCUCAACAUCAAAGAUACAAAAGCCCAACUGGACUGCUUCCCCUGUCCGCACUGCGAGAGGCGCUUCACCUGCAAACAGGGCCUGGAACGCCACAUGCACAUCCACAACAAGAAACCGACACUAGAGGGCGCAGUUCAGCCCGACUCUUCUUCUCAAGCUGGCAUAGAGACUUCAGAAGGGCAUCAUCCUUGUCAUCACUGCUCCAAAGUAUUCAACUCGCUUAUAAACAGGCAAAGACAUGAGCGACGAUUCCAUGAAGUGCAAUCUGAAGCAAUGCAAGAUGAGAAUGCACCUAUUAUAAUCGAUACAGACUCACAAGAACUUGAAACUGGACAAGCUGGGCAAUACAUACUGGACAUUUCAAGUAAUAUUUCAGAGAAUUUGAGUUUUUUCAUUGAUGGGAAGCUAGUAUCGGCAAGUACAUUGCACGAGACGACAGAGGCUUCAGCGCUAGUCAGUGUGGAUGCCCUAAUUUUAAAUUCUACCCAAGUUGUAAAUGAUAAUAACCCUGAUCUAGCUACUACAAGGUUUAAAAGACGUACCAGUACUCCCCAACGUAAUGAAGAUACGCCAGACAUAAUUGAAUGUAAUUUAAGUGUUGAACCAAUAGAUAAUCACAAUUAUGCAUGUGAUGAACAAGCAGCCAAUGAAAAAUCUGAGCCAGCUGAAACUGUGAAGGAGUCGGAAAGCACUAGGCCUUUAGUGAUUGGUGGCAACUCUUGCAAUCAGAAACCACUCGAUUUGUCCAAUGCAGUCAAAAGAAGCAAAGAUGUGGCUUUAGCUAACGCUGUGCUAGAUUUAAGGGUGCAAAAGAAGAGCUCUGAGGACUCUGAACAGGCGACAGACAUGAUCACAGUUGCUAAUGUGAAUGAACCAAAUAGGAUUGACAGCAUAGAUGAACAAAAUACAAACUUGGCCCCUCUCGUGACAGACUAUGCCAUAGUAACUGGUUCAGAUCUGGUAAGCCCAGUGGAGCAGAUCACAGAUGGCCUUGUGUAUGGACUCGCAAUUCCCACAAAUAGUCUGACCCCAUCUCCAACAUCUCUAGCCCCCGUGACACUGCAACCCACUAUUGCAUUUGCUUCCCCCUCUCCGCACGCCGUUUUACCCGCUACCCCUUCCUUAAUAACCGUAUUGGCAACACCGUCUCUUCCUACCCAACCAAACCAACCUCUUCAAGUUCUCGCUCCCAAUUUAACCCAAGAGCCUUUAGUCAUUUGCACCGAUAACACUUUGAACGCAGAUUUAAGCAAUGCAAUCACAGCUGCGAAUUCGGCCAACCUCGUCACGCUAGCGCAACCAAUAGACCCGACUUUGAACAUACCAGGACACGUCUUCUUAGCCGAUCCAAUCUCUCUUAAUCCACCUUUAGUUGAAUCGACUCCUGUGGCACUAAAUGAUCUUAAUUCGUUCAAUAUUGCUAGCAACACAGUGCUAAUAGAAUGCACGCUGUCACUAGAGGCUACAGGAAAUGUUGUCCCCACGGCCAUACCGUUACAAGAAAAUCAAGUAGAGCAACCAACGCAAGUGCUUGUUAAUCAUAUAGAGCAACAACAAAUUGUAUCUGUGCCAACGACGGAAAAUGUGGAUUCUGCAAUUGUUAUGUCGUCUGUUGAGGAAUCAGUGAUAUGUUCUACUGCAACAAUGACAGAAAGUCCUACAGCUACAGAAACUGGCAAUGCUGAACCUCCAGUUGUUGUUGAGCCAGCUGUAACAAAAGAUGACCAAGAACUGGAUGAAGCUAUUUUGGAAACAGAAAAGACAACUGAGAUUCAAGAAAAAGUUGAAAAAGAGGAAAACUUGGAUGAUUCCCAACAGCAAACCUUCACCAAAAAUUUCAUUUGCAAUGUUUGUGACAAGCUAUUCCACUCGAUGAAGGAGCUAGGACAGCACGUAGCUGACCACGCCGGGAAAUGGCAAUACAAAUGUGAAUUCUGUCUGCUACUCUUUGAAAAACCGUCUGAUCUGCUUGAGCAUAGAUCGAGCCUCCACGGCGUUGGCAAGACAUACGUGUGCAGCGUUUGUACAAAAGAAUUUGUUUAUCUCUGUAACCUGAAGCAUCAUCAAGAGGAGUUGCACCCGGGUCAGCAGUGCACACAUACGGAGGAGGAGAAGGGAAAGCUUAGGCCACAAAAUUACAACAAUAUCUCAAAGGAUAAUAAACUGAAUGCGCAAGAGGAGACCAAAGUCGUCAAGAAGGAAGAAUCGAAUGUAGUGACGGAUGAGCUGUUCACGACUAUAAAAAUAUUGGCUUCUGAUAACAGUAAGCUCAAAGGUCCAGACGUGCGAAUGGGCAUCAAUCAGCACUACCCGAGCUUCAAGCCUCCUCCGUUUCCCUACCACAACCGCUCACCCGCCGCAUCGCACGCUUCGGCCACCAACUUCACCACUCACAACAUCCCCCAGACCUUCAGCACUGCCAUACGCUGCACCAAGUGUGGCAAAAGCUUCAACAAUAUGCCAGAACUGCACCAACACAUUUUAGCUUGCGCAAAUGCUAGUGACAAGAGGCGGUACACACCCAAGAAGAAUCCCAUCCCACUGAGACACUUUGCAAAAGGGCAAAAUGGCGUGCUGUCUACCACUAACCUGGCAAACGGAUUGAAUACAGAGAAGCUGAGUCCGGAAGCCAAAUUGAAACUGAAAGUGCUCACCAAAAGGCAGAAGAAGUUGGCGCAAAAGCAGAAGGCACUGUCAUUGUCGAGCUCAAGUGCCACAGAGAUGUUUGUGUGUCCGCACUGCAAGAGGGAGUUCACGAUGAGGCGCAGCAGGACUAAACAUAUGGCAGUUUGUCCCAAGAAGCCAGCGGAGAAGCGCAAAGACGGAAUUGCAAAUGAAAACGAGAGGCACCAGCUCAAAGCCCAUGCAAUUGAUAAAAGUAAACUGCGAACAUCGAUGCAUCACAAGACGAGAUUGCAGACCGGAAGUGUCAAAAGACCAGUUGUGGAGAGCAUUUUCUCCAGUAAGAGGAGUAAACUGAUCAUUAAAGAAAGUCAAGAGGCCACACUAGACAAUGAACUGCCCGUCGUACGCACUUUCAACCCGGCCAUGCGACAGUACACCCGGGUGCACCACAGCAUUAAAGAACUCCCCAUCAAGAUCACCAUAGUGAAGCCACAGAAGGCUGAGCAGCAGGGUGAGCAGACACACAUUCAGGGACAGGAGGCCACCCCCAGUGCAGAGCAGACUGCAGUUGUCUGAAGAUGACACACAACCAGGCCACUUCUGUACAAAGCUGCUAAUUAGCCGUGCUUCUCCUGUGGCUCGAGGGGGAGUUGGUGAACUUUUAUCGAGCGCCUUUAGCUGUAAAUUGGAGGGCGCUGACUAAUGCGGCCGCAGUCACUGGAUUUUCAGAUUCCACUUCUACACGACGGCUCCCAGUUCCUUUUCAUUUGCGCCCAGGCCUGGAUUUGCACUUUGAAGUUAAUCAGAGCCCUCCACGUCACAGGAUGGAGAGAGGUACUCGGUAUAAGGCUGUGGUCGUUUCAGAAGUCUUCGGCGAUUUUGGGGAGACGGCACCAAGCAAUCAUUUGAAGCAUGAAUUUGCACUUUUUUUUUUUCUUUUUUCUGUGUUAUGUUUUGUGGCCUUUUUGUUUCAGCUCAAGCAUGCUUAUGAAGUUGAAUUCGCCUUUCUUUUGUGAUGAGGUGAUCCUUAAUGAGAUUUGGCCUUAAACAAUGCUGGUUUAGUUUAGUCAUGAACAUGUGCUAAACCCUGGCUAUAUGUAUAUUCAUUUUUCAGCACUUUUGGUGUCUACUAGACUAAAAAAAAAUCCUAAUCGGAGUUGAUUGAAGAAAACUACUAACCAGAGACAGGUAGAGUAGCAAAAAUGAUAUUCAAGAGUAAUCUUACUUGCUACUCCUACUGUCAGGAGGUAACAUUGUAUUUAUAAUUCAAUUUAAUUGGAAGAACACAACAUUAAGUAAUGCACAGCAUUAUUUCUUUAAUAGAAAGACCACAAAAAUGAUAACAAGCUCAAUCAUAUUUGAAGGGGUAAUGUAAAAAAAUAAUAAUUACAACUUUUACUCAAGUAAGAGUACUUACACUGUAAGACCUAAUAGUGUCUGAAAACCACUCUAGCAAGUGCAAUUUAGUUACUUGAACUAAAGUAACUAAAGUAACUAAAGUAACUGAGUCCUGCCCACCUCUAAUAGUAGCAACGAUCAUUGACUUUUCAUAUUACUGUGUAGUCGUUUUGAAUUUGGCAACAUGGUUUUUAAAUGUACGUCAGGCUUUCAAUGGCACUGUCAAUUUAACUUGUACAAGAUGUUAAACUGUUACUAUUACUGCAGCUAUUACCAUGCGCACUAGUCAUAACUGAGGCAAAGAAACCUUUUCCAGUCUGAAGACUUCGUUUUGUGAUAAAAUAACAAAUGUUAUUGAACAAAAGCAAAAGUGAAAAAAAUGUGUACAAAUAGCCAGGGUCAUAGAAAACAAAGGACACAGACGAUAACUGUUUGCUGGACUCCCAUUAUUACAAAAAAUAUUUAAAAACAUUUAAAUAAAUUUGGAUAUAAUAUUUGUCAGAAAUAUUGCUGCAGCCUUUGAUUAUAAAAAGUAUGUUUUUGUGUAAGUAAGCAUUAAGCAAUGAAGGACGGUGCAGUUUUAAUGCAUGACACAGUGCUGUACCACAGUGUCCCUCCACGAAGUGUGUUAAAACUACACAACGCACAGCUCCAAGUUCUCUUCAUGUUUUCUCAUCUCUAAAUUAGGGGUGGAAGAUGUUGAUAAAAAUUAAUAUCUUUUUAUUUAUUCUUUGACCAUCCAGGUAACAACAUGUCUGAGUUUGUUACAAGAAGUGAGUGGAUGAUAAAAAUUAACAACAAAAGUUCAUAUUUUCAUAUUUUAUUUUGAAUCAGCUCUUAUUGUUGGCGUUCAAUAGGCGAUAUGCUUUUAAAACUAUAAACCAUUAACUUGAUAUUAAAAUUUUGCCAGUCUCCAAAAUGACCAUUUUUAUAUUAUCACAGUUUGGAUUUAUCUACCACCUCUUCUCUAAAUUCAGCAGAGCUCAUCAUUGGAGCUCCACAGUCCCGCCCACUUUGACGUUCUCUCUGGUUCCACCAGUAAAUUUCCUGUUUAUUUUUUCCCCUUGGGCUUCUGAAAAAUUUAUAUAUAAAGAGUUUUUAACCACCAGUGUUAACCAGCCAUGUGGUAACUAAUGUCCAUAACCCAGCUGUGUUAAGUCUAAAAAGCAUGUUUAAAAUGUCUGCAUUUUUAAAUAACUAUGCAGUUUACAAAGUUUCAGAAACAGAUUUUAAAUAAAAUCAUAGGUCUUGUGGUCAUAUCACAUAGCUGAUAAACCCCAAACAUACUUUCAAACAUUUUUUUUUUUUUUCCUGAAAGCGGGAAAAAUAAAUGGAAAAUGUCCUUUGUAUCAAACAGUAUGAAAAUGGUAAUGGUUUAAAUUUGCAACUAUUAAAAAAGUAUCCAGUCAAAGUAUCCAAUAAAGACAUAAACUUUGUUCUAAACUAUAAGACACAGUUUCACUUAACAUUAUGUGAUGUAUUGUUUUACAAGCACUUGUUUUUGUCUGUUUUUGUCUAAUUACUGUGCGAUGUGUAAAACUAACUCAAUAUGUGACCUGUAAAUGGAUUUCAAAUAAUGAAUUAUCUUUACUUCAGUUAGUCUCUUUAUUUUGUAAUUUACCAUUCAACUUAACUGACGAUGUUUGCUGAACAGGGUAGCUAAAGUACAAAAUGUGCUGUUAUGUUCAUUUUUGCUAUUCAGAAGUACUUGACAGUGAGAGGCGUUUUGUUGAAGUUGUUGAUUUUUGCCUUUUGUGCCGCGGUGGAUGUACAGGGCGGUUGGAGAGACACAUUUAACUGUGAAAAGUGCUUGUAGCAUUUCAAAAGUGUACAAUUGUCAUGUAUAUUUAUUAUCCAGACUAAUUUAAAAUCAUGUAUGUAUCGAAAUCUCAAAACAGUUCCUCUGUAUGAUUUGCACUAAAGUUUUUUCAAGCGAGUGUUAAAUAAAUGGAGAAUGUCAAUGCUGUAAAUUAAAAAA